CUCAAUUCGUGACUGAUUCCGACCCUCAUUAUUAUUAUCCCUAAUUAUGCCAGGCAGGAAAUGAAGAAGAAGCGUGUUUCUCCAAUUCCUGCGACCAUCAAUAAACAACAUCAAUUGCGCUACCGAGUAGGAGAAGGAAAUCGUCUCCAACCAUGGAAUUCGAUGUUUGAGAAUCCACUGUUCAGACGCGGAGGCAGAUUCAUCCAUCGAUCCCUACCCCGUUCCGUCUCAGAUCUCCGCCCCUCUUUCCCCCAAGGCCAUGCGCCAGCGGAAAACUCCGGCGACACCACAACAACUGCAAGCUGAAACCGCCGCCGCCGAUCCACCUCGCUACCGUGGGGUCAGGAAGCGUCCAUGGGGUCGGUUCGCCGCGGAGAUAAGGGAUCCGGCCAAGAAGGCCCGCGUGUGGCUCGGCACCUUCAACACCGCCGAGGAAGCCGCCCGCGCCUACGACGACGCCGCCCGUACCUUCCACGGCCAUAAAGCCAGAACCAAUUUCAGCUUCGCCGAUCAUGGCCGCCACGAUAACAAUAUUAAUAAUAACAAUAACAAUAGCCGCGGCAAUAUGAUUGUUCCGCUCCCGACCGAGAAUCACUUCCAAGGCUUUCCGUAUUCCAGGCCGGCCAGCAGUAGUCUCAGCAGCACCGUGGAGUCCUCUAGUGGGCCCCACCCUCCCUCUGUUCCUGCUACACAGCAACCGCGUCCAAAGCUUCCGCCGCUAGACGAUUGCCGCAGCGAUUGCGAUUCUUCUUCAACGGUGGUAGACGAUGAAGAUCAAGACCAAACCACGUCAUCGCUGUUUACCAAAAAGCCCCUGCCCUUUGAUCUCAACCUGCCCCCUCCCUCCCCCGACCACUUCAUUGCCAACGAGUUAAAGGUCACCGCCCUGCGCCUCUGAUUGAGCAUCAACAAUCAGUGAUGGUAUCCCUAAUUUUAUAUAUUAUAUACAUAUAAUAAUAUUUUAUAAAUAUUCGCCAAAAAAGUUGUUCCCAUUCUCAUCUUCCAGAAUUUUUCACUUCUUUUUAAAUUUUUAUGUUUCCACUGCUUAUUUAGACUUGCUGUAGUGUAGAUUUAGUAAUGGAACAUGAAUGUGAAAUGGGUACGAUCUUGUAUCAAGUAAGAUUUGUUUCUACAUAACAUUAUAUAUGUAUUCUGAUGUAAACUUAAAUCUUACCAAUGCAUUAUGCAUAUAUUUUCUGGCUAUUCCUACCAUUUUCAGUCAAAAUUAUUUUCGUAUAUGACUAAAAAAACUGCUCAAAAAGCGAUCAUUCAGCAAAACAAGCAAACAAGGAACACAAAGCAAAAGUUUGAAGCCAAUUCAGCAGAAGAACAUUGAGUCCUCAACCUCUUCGUGCAACCUGGGGAACUCGGGAACCACGCUUGAAGAAGUUUCUGAGAGACCAUCAAUGUUGAUGAACUGUCCCACUUGGGGGUGCGGCUAGGUAAGCAUAAUAAACAGGUGCAACUGCAUAAAGAAAGAAAUGAGAUAUAAAUAGGUCGCCGGGCUCUUGUUUUUUCUGGUUAAAUCAAUGACUAGAAUGCUAGAUGUUCUUCCACUUCCAAAGUAAUUGUACCUAUUGAGGUGGCUAUAGUGCUCCUUUGGUGCCUGAAAGUUUUGAAGCAGAUAAUGGCCAUGUGAGUAAGGUGCAGCACAUGUUGGGAGGAAAGAAAGACAUGUACUGGGGGAGGGGGAGGGGGAGGGGGAGGUAAGAAAGCAGCUUAAACAUAACACAGAGGAUGUAUAAGGUUUUGCAAGUCAUCAGGGGAGAAGCCAAUCUCAUCACACAAGACAUGGUAAUGUGCAGGCUGAGGCGCCCCCAGUCAGUCUGUGUUUCCCCAUCUAGACCCAAUUGUUUCAAGGAAAAUGUUGUCUUAGAAGGUGUUUUUUUCUACUUUCCGGUGGGAAAAAUGACAUCGCUUUUUUACCAUGUUUUAAAGCGGAGGGUCAUUUUUCUCAAACUUUUUCAUGGUUUCUGUUUUCAUGAUUCAAAUAUUAUGUUAUAUACUCUGUCUUAACGUUAUUUCUGAUCUUUAUUUUAUGAUGUUUGAACUUAAAA